AUGCCGGCCGACCGCCACCAUCUCCCCAAGCCAACACCCAGCUCAGCGCCCUCCGGCUCGUCGACAAGCCGCGAGGUGUACAACGCGGCCACUGUGAGCGAGAAGAAGGCGAAGCCGACGCGCGGCCUUACGGCCAAGCCGGAGCUGUUCAUGGGCAGCAUAGGCCCGUGGAAGAACGAGGACGAGUUCCAGCUCCGCCUGCAGGCUCGUCUCGAGCCGCUCGGCGUGCAUGUUCUGAGCGUCGAGCUCAAGGGGGUCAAGCGCGAGCACACCUCUACCGCGUUCGUGAAGUUCAAUUCGCCCGAGGACCUCGAGACUGCCGCCAACGAGCUCAACGGUGUCCCCUUCUUUGAGGGCGGCAAGCCCGUUGUGGCCUCCUACUCGCACCGUUCGAUGCCAGUUGAGGGAAAGCCUGUUCUUGAGCCCUCUCCAACCCUUGUGCUUCCAUCUUGGAGCGCUGAGGAGCCGUGCAUCGCUGUCCCGUCUAUCAUUGACGACGAACUUGCCGCCCAGCUCAACCGUACCUUCUAG